AUGGAUCGUCAGUUGAGAAUAUCAUCGAUAUUAAAGCCUCAUCAGUCUACUCAUGUAAGUAGCCAGGAGUAUGGUGAAGUUUCGGUGACUACGACAAAUCUUGCCAAAAGACGUGUUAGUUUCCAUAAUAUGAGAACAGUCCAGGAAUUUGAUAGAGAACGGAACGAUAUCACACGUUCACCGCUUAAAGAACCAAUCAGGCUUGGUGAUACAGGAAGUUCGGAUGGUUUACACUCAACUCGUAUUUCAACCUUUAGUUCAAAUUCCGCUGUCGAAAGUGGCACGUCACAAGGUAAACUGGAUGACCCAGGUUUUGAUAAAAGUGUACCAGAUUUUCGACCAAUGAGCGCAUCAACCCCAAUGCCUCGGGGAUUUAUAAAUGAUUACUCUGGCCACAUCAACACUAUGGUCCUUUUUGGAUCGGAUGCUUCUUUUGAUUCUCAUGAUAAGGGCGGCUCACCAAAAAAACCUUGUGGGAAAUACCGUGGUGAUGCUGCUGAAUUUACGAACGCUUGCAGUAAUAAUGACACUAAGUGCAGCACAGUGACUGAACCGAAUGCAACUCGUCUGUUAUUCAGUUCAGCGAUAGAUGGUUAUAAAGAGAACUUCGCAACGUUUGAGGGAGAUGUUAGACGAAAUGAGAAUGUUGGGCGGCAGUGUACGUCUUUUGAUCAGGAAGAAGACGAAGCCACUCGACAGCUUUUUGGGCUUCCCGAUGAGGUUCCCACUGAAAAUGACUCUGCAGCAAAGGUAAUUCAUGGUGCUGUAGUCGAUGAAAUGGAGCUCACUGAUAGUCUUUUCAAAGCAUUAACAAAUUCUUCUAAACAAGCGGAGGAGGAUGCUCAAUUAGCUUUGACAAGCGUUGAACUUCAGCGAGAGACUACUCUUACCGAAUGUGUUCCUGCAAAAAGGGAUGGGACUUUCGUUAUCGACGGCGAAGAGAAGAAUGAAACAGUGGUUCUUAAUGAAGAUGAGGAAAAGCUUAAAACAGUUGCUGUUGAAGAAGAGGCGAACAAUUCUGCCAUUAUGAAAGAAGUGUUUUCGCAAGACGGCACAAUUAGAGAAGACCAGAAGGUAAGUGCUGCGUUGGGGUUUAAUCUUCUAGCGGGUCAAAAUAGCGAAUUAUCUCAUCUUGCGCUUUUACAUUCUGCUAGAUUUGUUGAUUCUCCAUUGGCAGUUUUGAAAAAAAAGGCUCGCUUAGAAAGUCCUUUGAGGCAAAAUGAUCAGAAGAUGGACCAUCUAAGUGGCGAAAGUUUAGACCCUUCACGGCUCUUUCAGCGCUCAUUAUUAAGUUCAAAGUUACAAGGCAUCUCAAAAAAUGAUACCAUGAACGUGAUUAGCAGAAAUUCCUCCCAGCUUUCACCAGCGUUACAGGCUAUUGCAAAAACAAAACGCUAUAUUCGGCAAAGCUUAGACCAGUCAAUGAGUCGCUCGGUCGCUUUUUCUUCCCCUAUGGUUAUGUUGCAAGACAUUAUGCGUCCUAAGGACUCUAUUUCUUCAUUAUGUGAUGAUCAAGAAUCUGGAUUGAUUUCAUUAACUAAUGAUCAGUCUCCUUUUCGAUUCCCAUCUAUGCUUCGUAGCUUUGCUGGUGAAAGGAUGCCGGAAAAGACUUACAUCAUGUCCUUCGACGAAACUUUUCCUGAAGCGCCUACGACAAGCAAUGAAUCUUGCCCACUGACUUGCCGGUUCGACUCCGCUGACUUCGAUAUUAGGAUUGCAAACGUGCCUUGCUUUCAGAGUAAAACUGAUGAUCAUUCUAUCAUUUCUCGUCUAAGAGACGUAGCUAGGCGGAAUAUCUGUAGAGAACUCAGUGAACUGAAUGCUGAAACUGAGAGGAAAGUAGAAGGUGAUCUUAAACAAAUGGCUAGCAACAACCCGCGAAUAGCUACCGCAAUAAAGUUGCUGAACCCAAGAAAGCUUUCACGUGAAGAAGCUCGGGCUUUUGAAAUUUGCCGUCUUAAAGCCCAGAAAACGUGGUACAAUUUGCGUAAGGAAGUUGCGGCCGUAACUAUUAAUAAAACUAAGGAACUCAUAAACCAAAGAAGAGAGGAAUAUGAAUCGCGUUUGGAAGAGCUAAUAAUAUUAGAAAAAUUUAGAACUAUAGUUGAUUCUGAGAGGUGCUAUGUAAGAAAUGCGCUGGAGCGUUUGCGAAGCAUUGAGCAACUCGCUGUAACAGGGUUUGAAAAAAACAAAAUUGAAUUGGAGUCAUUGUUUUUGUCAGUGCAAGAGAAGGAGCUUGAAAACAUAAGGCUUGAAACAGAAAUUACAGAAUUGGAGACAAAAAUUCUGAAGAAGGAAGCCGAUUCUAUACAGUUAGAGAAAGAUAAACAAGGAGGCUUGGUAUCUUCUAUUGACGAGGAGUGUCAAAGGAUAAAAAAUUUUUAUUUGGAGCUCAUACAGAGCAAUGAAAACUCAGUUCUUUAA